AUGUCUUCUUUCGAACCAGUUGUUGUUAUUGAUGGUAAGGCCCAUUUAGUCGGUCGUUUAGCUUCCACUGUCGCUAAACAAUUAUUAAACGGUCAAAAGAUCGUUGUUGUUAGAGCUGAAGCUUUAAACAUCUCUGGUGAAUUCUUCAGAAACAAGUUAAAGUACCACGACUACUUAAGAAAAGCUACUGCUUUCAACAAGACCCGUGGUCCAUUCCAUUUCAGAGCCCCAUCUAGAAUUUUCUACAAGGCUGUCAGAGGUAUGGUCUCUCAUAAAACUGCUCGUGGUAAGGCUGCUAUGGAACGUUUAAAGGUAUUUGAAGGUAUCCCACCUCCAUAUGACAAGAAGAAGAGAGUUGUUGUUCCACAAGCUUUGAGAGUUUUAAGAUUAAAGCCAGGUAGAAAAUACACUACUUUAUCUAAGUUAUCUUCCGCUGUUGGUUGGAAAUACGAAGAUGUUGUUGCCAAGUUAGAAGAAAAGAGAAAGGUCAGAUCUGCUGAGUUCUACGCCAAGAAGAAGGCUUUCAACAAGAAGGCUGCUGCUGCCACAGCUGCUUCCGCUGAAUCUGAAGCUGCUAAACAAUUAGCUACUUUCGGUUACUAA